CUGAGUUCUGAAGCUAGGUGUCCUGUGUCUGACAAAGGACUGAUUUCAGUGUACAGUUAGUGUUAUAUUGACUUCGGUAGCUAGGUGUCCUUACUGUCUGUAUUUGUUCAGCUUUUUAGACGGAAGCGUCCUGCUAUAUUAAGUUCUGUAGCUAGGUGUCCUGCCUGUAAAGGGUGAAGCUGCUGCAUUGCAGCCUCAGUGCUGCUGCUGGAAUCAAACAUACAACAAUGGCGACUCCCAGCCCCAGCAACAACUCCACAACCUCCUUUAGCUACAAGAGCAGUAACCCAGGAUCCACAUCACACCAUCACCAAACCCAGUCUCAACACACCACAACAGUCAGCACCAUGCAGGAGACCAACACUUGCUGGAGAUGUCAGAAUGAAACAGGGUUUCAGAUAAACUUCUCUGGAGUUACGCAAAGUAAACGUAAAGCACUCAAGUUAAAUUUUGCCAAUCCACCAAUUAAAUCAACCGCAAGGUUUACUCUCAACACUUCAGGAGUUCCUUUUCAGAAUCCACAUAUAGAGAGGCUGCGAACACAUAGUAUUGAAUCUUCAGGAAAAUUGAAGAUCUCUCCAGAGCAGCAUUGGGAUUUCACUGCAGAAGACCUAAAGGACCUUGGGGAAAUAGGACGGGGAGCCUAUGGGUCUGUCAACAAAAUGGUGCACAAACCCAGUGAACAGAUCAUGGCAGUCAAACGAAUUCGAUCAACUGUUGAUGAAAAGGAACAGAAGCAACUGCUGAUGGAUUUAGAUGUAGUAAUGAGGAGUAGUGAUUGUCCAUAUAUUGUUCAGUUUUACGGAGCUCUUUUCAGAGAGGGUGACUGUUGGAUCUGCAUGGAACUCAUGUCUACCUCGUUCGACAAAUUUUACAAAUAUGUAUAUUGUGCAUUAGAUGAUGUGAUUCCAGAGGAAAUAUUAGGGAAAAUAACAUUAGCUACUGUGAAAGCUCUUAACCACUUAAAAGAAAACUUGAAAAUAAUUCACAGAGACAUCAAGCCUUCCAAUAUUCUUCUGGAUCGGAACGGCAAUAUUAAACUCUGCGACUUUGGUAUCAGUGGACAGCUUGUGGACUCCAUUGCCAAAACUAGAGACGCAGGAUGCAGACCUUACAUGGCGCCAGAAAGAAUAGACCCAAGUGCUUCCAGACAGGGAUAUGAUGUUCGAUCAGAUGUCUGGAGUUUGGGAAUAACAUUGUACGAACUUGCCACCGGCCGAUUCCCAUACCCCAAGUGGAACAGCGUAUUCGAUCAGCUGACACAGGUCGUGAAAGGAGAGCCCCCACAGCUCAGUAACUCUGAGGAGAGACAGUUUUCCCCCAUGUUCAUCAAUUUUGUCAACCUGUGCCUUACGAAGGACGAGUCAAAAAGGCCAAAGUACAAAGAGCUUCUGAAACACCCAUUCAUCCUGAUGUACGAAGAGCGCCCAGUGGAUGUGUCUGGAUAUGUCUGUAAAAUCCUUGAUCACAUGCCGACAGCCCCCAGCUCCCCCAUGUAUGUUGAUUAAUGAUUCGGCUACAAAAACUAAAGGGCUUGAGAGAGAGAGAACCCACGAUGUAAAGAUUUGUUUCAUCACACAUUGUCGUGUUUAAAGAAAAUAGAAAAAAUAAUAGAGUAAAAAAACCUCUCCAACACCAUGUGCAAUAAUAUUGGUGUUCAUUUUCAAUCACGUCUGUAUACUAUUGUCAUAUUCAAAGUGCAUUUUAGUAACUGAGCACACCACGUUAAGUCUUGGUUUUGACAAAAAAAGAGACCAUCUUGAUUUUGUGUGUUACAGUGUAGUCAUGAUAUCAGGAAAUCAAAAUAUUGUGGAAGAAAAUGUAUAAUAAAUCACUUGUGGAAUUUAAUUUGAAGACUUUAAGCAGCCAACUGGAAAAUCUUUCACCUCUUUCCAUGUGUGUGAUUUUUAGGCUGUGUGUGUAAACUUUAAAAAAAGGAAAAAAAAAAAAAAAAAAAAAAAGGAACCUUCAUGGAACCUUGCAGGAUGACCAUUCUCCUGAGUCCAACAGGGCAAGUUGAGGAUGUAUGUCUUCUUCACCGUGCAAUAGAUUUGCCGAUUUAAAAAAUAAUAAUAAAUAACUGUUGCUUCACAAAGUCAUAGUUGAUAUUCUGGGGCUAUUUUUGUUUUGUUUUAUUUUGUUUUAAGAAAUAGAAAGAAAAAUGUAUGAUGACAAAACAUCAGUUUUACCAAAAAAGUGCUUGGGCAGUGACACUGAAGCUAAUAACGAGAUGAUAUCAUAUUGCAAAGUAAUAAUAGAAAACAUAUAAUAUUCUCUUAAUCCAGAAAGAGUUUUAACAUUUCUGUGUUUUGUUCCCUUACCACUAGUAUAUCAGCAGCAUUAGAUUAUAGACCCAACAAUGUUUUAUUUAAGGCAAUGUGGUGUAACACUACACAGCAUGUUUCUAAAGGACUCUGCAUGCUGGCUUAAAAAAAGCUUGUGUUGACAGAAUGUGUGUUUUAUUUUUUUUAUUUUUUUUCUGGAAACUUUCUUGACAGUAUGUAAUUAAACAUUGGUGUUAUAGGGUUUUAGAUAAAGACCAUACCCACUAUGUAGUGAGAUGACAAUAAUUAUUAUAAUAAUAAUAAAUAAUAAUAAUAAUAAAAGCUUGCACCUGGUUAAUUGUGUUGUAUAGGCCACCAAACUCAUUCUGUAAUAUAAAUGUAUUUCAACAGAAAAUUCAAAGUUCACAAUAGGUACAGUACAACAAACAGAAGUGCCCUUUUAUUUUUCUACAGUUGCAUUGCAAGUAUGACUGUUGCAUGGCACCAAAUAGUAUUUCAGCAUUUUCCAAUGCAACAAUUACCAGUUUAUUUGAGUAAGUAGCAUCAAAUGUUAUUAUUAUUAUUAUUAUUAUUAUUAUUAUUAUUAUUAUUAUUCUCAUCAUCAUUUCCUUGCUAUUGUAUAGUGUUUGCAAUCCUUGCGUAGUUCUGGGUUUUGUUGCUCCCAUAUUGAGUAACAUUUAAUCUGCUUUGAGCUGCUUUGAACUUGACUAUCCAAAGUGCCAACACUGGACAAAGUCAGUGUCACAUGAUUUGAAUGGUUCAAAGCCAGGUAGGUCAGAUUAAGAGGAAAAUGAUAAUACUGUAACUCAAUAUUGGAUCAAUACAACCACUCUGAAUGAUUUCGGAUACCAUAAAAUAGUAAUAUAAUGAAAAAUUACAUUUCAAGCUACUUCCGCUUUAAUAAUCUUCUAGACAUGAAAACAUUGGAUCAAGUAAUAAAUACAAAAACAAUUGAUACAUUUUGUGAAUAGUAUUGUAGAAAUUUGAUUAAAUAUCACGGACUGUCAAUGGAUUAAAAUCAAAUUUCACUAUCCUGGCUUAAACAGUCUAUACAUAAUAUGAACACAAAUAUGAACACUUAAAUACUUUGUUAUACUGUUGGGUCAUUAGGAUGUGGAUGUAAUGGAAAAUGUCUAGUCGUGUGAAUUUAUUAUGGAGAGAAAAGACUGUACAAAAUGUCAGUUUAUUAGUAUAUUAAUAUUGGAUUAUAAAUUACUAUUAAGGGUGAGGAUUUUAUUACAGUAUCUUUUAUUAAAAAAUCGAAUGUGUAUAAUGUUCACAAACUGAAAAUAGUAGAACUGUACAUUGUGGACUUUGGUUAUUUCCUGUAUUAUAGAAAAUAUAUGAAAAAAUAUAAAAUGAGAAAAAAAGGGGUGAUGUGCAGGGAUAUUGCCUUAUAUGUUUGUGAACUGGAGCACAGUAAAUGUAAUACCUGGGUUCAACAGGCUCCUGACUAUUUUAGCCUAUAUACUGGUUUGACUUCUUCUGAUAUUUAAGACUUUAUAAAUGGAAUCUAGGUGUUCAUGUAGUAGUUCUAUUCUCUUUGCCUGCAGGUCAGUUGUAAUAAAAGUAGGAUGUGACUGUGACCUUGUUAUUCUCAUUUUGUAAGGCCUGGUAACAUACAAUGGCAAAAAAUAAAUAAACAUAACUUAUAAUUCUGA